GUCGCCAUCAUGCCUGACCUGGGCACCGGCCAAAAGUUCACCACCGCCACCACCGUGGUCGCGGGUGUUGCAGCUCUGGCGGCAACGGUGGUAUCAGCGAUCUCGAUAUGGCUACAAGCAAAGAACUAUCGCAAGCCGCUGCUCCAGCGCUACGUCGUCCGCAUCCUGCUGAUGGUCCCGAUAUACUCGAUCGCAUCAUUCACAAGCAUGGUCUCGUUAAGAGCUGCUUCGUUCUUAGAUCCUGUUCGCGACAUCUAUGAAGCAUUUACAAUAUAUACCUUUUUCCAACUUCUGAUCAAUUACUUGGGCGGAGAGCGGUCGGCCAUCAUUAUGCCCCACGGUCGGGCUCCCGUCCACCAUUUAUGGCCCAUGAACCAUGUCCUAUCCAAAGUCGACAUCUCAGACCCGUACACAUUCCUCGCCAUCAAGCGGGGCAUUCUUCAGUAUGCAUGGCUUAAACCCAUCCUCGCUCUCGCGGCUAUCAUCAUGAAGGCUACAGGCACCUACCAGGAAGGAUAUAUCGGAGCUAAAUCUGGCUACUUUUGGAGCGGCAUAAUAUACAACAUUAGUGUCACAGUCAGCCUGUACUCGCUCGGGCUGUUUUGGGUUUGCAUGCACAAAGACUUGGUGCCGUUCCGGCCUGUCCCCAAAUUCUUGUGCAUCAAACUCAUCAUCUUUGCUUCAUAUUGGCAAGGGUUUUUCCUAUCGAUUCUCGUCUGGCUUGGGGCUAUCCCCGAUGACGUUCAGGGUUACACACGUGACAACCUGGCAGCGGCCAUCCAAGACGCCCUCAUCUGCGUGGAGAUGCCGAUUUUCGCUGUUGCUCACUGGUAUGCCUUUUCUUGGCACGACUUUGCCGAUAAUAGGAUCCAGUCGGCUCGCAUGCCCCUCAACUUUGCUUUCCGUGAUGCAUUCGGUAUCAGAGAUCUCAUUGAAGAUUCCAAGGAGACUUUCAGAGGAGACAAUUACGGCUAUCGAUCAUUUGAUUCUGGCGACAGGGUCAUUGCGCACGAAGAAUCUAGCUCAAGAUAUGCUAGACUGAAGGAAGGCAUGCGAUAUGAACGGGGAGGCAAAGGAAAAUAUUGGAUUCCAAAGCCAGGGGAGGUGAAUGCGACAGCGCCCUUGCUGGGUAAUGACAAUGGAGCAUCCAGCUCCACUCGCCCCGAUCAACUCAACGAUAAUACCCAUGGAACAUUCGACGAGCCGGAAAUUGAUGCUGAUGAUGAGCGCCUAUAUGAUAAGGCCCGACAACUAGAGUAUGGGGAUUGGAACUAUCCCGUCAUCACGGCAAGCGAACCACUCAGGGAACGUUAUGCUUCCUGGGCAAGCAGCUCGGAAACCAGAAUUCUCAACUCUCAUACAUACAACAGCAUCCCAACAAAUAACGAUGCAGCCGAGUCAUCGCAGCAAAAAGGCAAACAAACUGAUUCAGAGCAUUCAGAGCAACAAGAGCCGCCAGUGGUUGUUAUUAAGAAGAAGAAGAAGUCAAAGAAGGUGGUAAAGCACCCAGACCCUACACCAUCUGAUGUCAUAUCCGACCACGAAGACCAGGGCAAUGCCAGAGCUACACAGGGCUACGAUGGCAGCCACAGCCCAGCCGCCGAAGAGCAGGGGCCGUGGGCCUCUACAGAACGUAACGACGCACGAGAGAGUGUAUCCAGCUACCAAAUAUCAGACUCUGACGAGUUUCGGAACGUUUGGGGCGCUGAUAACAAAUAAGCGGGCGUUUAUUUACUUGAUUGUUAUGGAAAGCUGUUAGAAGGAUUUCAGAUCUAUAUGCCAACUCCACCUAGCCAGGCAGGCAUAGCGAGGCGUUCUUUGGGUGACUGGAAAUAAGGAAGAGGGAAAAUACCAGAUUUAUUUUAUUG